AUGUCGUCUGAAGAGCAUUCAUUUUGUCUCAAUGAUAGCAUUGAAGAUUCUAAACAGACAUCUUCAGUUAAGAAGCCGUGCAGUUCACACCACCCGAGUACAAAUACAAAAAAGUCAAAUUUUUUGGAGAAGAUACUAACCGACGACAAAGCAACUUCCCCCAAUGGCAACGCCGAUGAAGAUAGCCAAUGCAACUCUAAUAACAGUAUUCUUUCGAAUAGUGCUUGCAAUGUUGAUCAUUCUCAUGAUCUACAUAUAUGCAAAAAGAAGAAAAGAGCUAGAAGAUCCUACAAUUGCGGCCCAUGUAAGAAACAUAAAAUUAAGUGUGAUAUGGAAAUCCCGUGUGGGAAUUGUAAAAAGUAUAAUAGAGUAGACGCUUGUUUGAAGAACCCGCCAAACCCGCCAUCAAAGGAACUGAAUGCAAUUAGAGAAGAACGGAAAAGAAAAUAUCUAGAGAAAAAAAUGUUAGCAAAACAAAUGAACAAAAAGCUGCCACCAGGGAACGCUAAUAAUCCUGACAACAUAGUACCACUACCAUUACCCAUUAUUAGCCAUGAACCAGUACACGUCCUCAAUCCUAAUGUCUAUGCAUCGUCUAAUUGUUACGUAAAUACUGAGCCAGUUCCGAGCUUAGAACGCUCUUCUACUAACCGGUCAUCGUCCUCCACGAUUUCCAACAUGGCCCCCACCUAUCCGGUUAUCUAUGUAAACCAGCCACCACUCCCUAGACAACAACCACUACAAUUAUCUCAACAACAGUCACUGCAAUUAUCUCAACAACAGUCACUGCAAUUACCUCAACAGCAGCAAACCAUAUAUCAACAUCCUUAUGGACCUUUUCUGGGUUCGCUACAAACACAACAUACACUUCAACAACAGGCGGCACAAACUCUCCCGCCUCCUCAUGUACCACAUUCGCUCCCAUUGGAUUACCAUUACCAAUAUUACAGACACCCAUCUAUUCGACCUUUGCCCAACCAGACCUUCAUACAACCACAAUUUCAAUCUUUAAAAUUAUCGGUACCUCAGCAACAUCCGCCGCUGUUUGCAAACACUUUGCCACCUCCAAUGGUGGUAAAAUCACCAUCAAAUGAUGAUUUGCAGUCUCCUCCUACAAGAGUGUACAGAGCACAAGGGAAUGAAGAAUCUGUCUCAAAGAAUCAGUAA